UUUUGUGAGUGGAGUCACAUGACCCGGGUUAUGAAUAGCAGAUUGUAAUGAGCUGGUAGUGUAAGUGAGAGCAGGGCGAGCACUCACACACGCACUCACCCGCACUCACUCCCGGUGCUCUGCCGGAGGCUGGACCUGCGGACAAGGAAGAAAUGUGAAAGUCUACAGUGCAAGGUGUGGAUCCGAAGUCACUCCCCAUGUGUCCAGGAUGGAUUUAUUGAAGAAUCACUAGAGAAGACCUUUUGUUUAUAGAGGAUCUACUGGGAGUUAUACCCUGUACACCCUGAGAUACAAAAAAAAAUAUUAUAAUAAUGGCAAACAGUAGCAAAGAACGUCUCUGCGGAUCUGGUGCUCCGCUUGGUCACGUCAAUGGCUUUCCUCCUUCUGUUUACCCUUUUGCCUUUAGUGGAGGGAUGCGGAGCUCCCCACCUUUUGAAAUGCUAGCCAAUGGGAACUUCUUCCGAAAUUUCCCCACUGACCUGCCCAAAGAAAUGGCUUCUCUAUCUGUAGAAACACAAAGUACCAGCUCAGAGGAGAUGGUGCCAAGUUCUCCUUCACCUCCCCCACCUCCACGUGUUUACAAGCCUUGCUUCGUGUGCAAUGAUAAGUCUUCUGGAUAUCACUACGGGGUCAGCUCCUGCGAAGGUUGCAAGGGUUUCUUCCGUCGCAGCAUACAGAAGAACAUGGUGUACACUUGUCAUCGUGAUAAGAACUGCCAGAUCAAUAAGGUGACACGAAAUCGCUGCCAAUUUUGCCGACUACAGAAAUGCUUUCAGGUCGGGAUGUCAAAAGAAGCUGUGCGAAAUGACAGAAACAAGAAAAAGAAAGAAGUAAAAGAAGAAGUGGUGGUACCAGACAGCUAUGAGAUGCCUGCAGAGAUGGAAGAACUUAUUCAGAAAGUCAGCAAAGCUCAUCAGGAAACCUUCCCUUCUCUAUGCCAGCUUGGCAAAUACACUACGAAUUCCAGUGCUGACCACAGAGUGCAGCUGGACCUUGGCCUAUGGGAUAAAUUCAGUGAACUUGCCACCAAAUGCAUCAUCAAGAUAGUGGAGUUUGCCAAACGCUUGCCUGGCUUCACCACCUUGACCAUUGCUGACCAAAUAACCCUGUUGAAAGCCGCUUGCCUUGACAUCCUGAUGCUGCGAAUUUGCACACGUUACACCCCAGAACAAGACACCAUGACCUUUUCAGAUGGGUUGACCUUGAAUCGGACUCAGAUGCACAAUGCUGGUUUUGGUCCUCUCACAGACUUGGUUUUUGCCUUUGCCGGCCAGUUGCUCCCAUUGGAAAUGGAUGACACAGAAACAGGACUCUUGAGCGCCAUCUGCCUAAUCUGUGGAGAUCGGAUGGAUUUGGAAGAACCAGAAAAGGUAGAAAAGCUCCAGGAACCUUUGUUGGAGGCCCUUAAAUUUUACGCUCGUAGACGAAGACCCAACAAGCCAUACAUGUUCCCUCGCAUGCUUAUGAAAAUCACAGACUUACGCGGAAUCAGCACCAAAGGUGCUGAGCGGGCAAUCACAUUGAAAAUGGAGAUCCCAGGACCGAUGCCUCCACUGAUUCGUGAGAUGCUGGAGAAUCCAGAGGCCUUUGAAGAUGGUGCAGUCACCCCUAAACCCAGCGAACCCCCUUCCAGUGAAAGCAGCGAGGGCAGUCCUACAGAGGAAGAUAGCAGCGGUUCCAAGACUCCUUAGCCGUCCAAGUGUAAGGGGGAGAAAGUUCCUCCUCUUGAACUUCUCUAAAGAGCCAUGAUGGCUUCACCCACUGAUAUAUGAGGCAUCCUGGGGUCAGCCUCAAGCGGGUGAUAAGCCUUGUGUAGUGCUCAAUUCUGCUCUUAUUUACUGGUGCAAAAAAAAAGCCUUACUCACUGAGAGGACUGGAAUGGGACUUCACAAACAGCAAUAAAAUUCCCAGGACAUCUCGGGGGCAACUUCAUGGAAAUGACUUAAAAUAUGAGCACAGCAACAUAACACCCCCUCUCCCAUAAUAAGCAAUAUGUGCAGGAGCUAUAGACGCUUCAGCAUGAACUGGAUUUGUUUAAAGGAGCCCUCUCCACUCAGUAUUUUGCCAAAGAUUUUGAUGACCAAUAUUCCUCUGCUAAAGAGACUAUGAGACGGGGCGGUCAGCUGAAGAGCUCAGCGGUGCCAGCACAAUACUUUUCCUUGAAGUGUCUGAAGCACAUUGGUCUGCGUGUGUACAUAUGCAUAUACAUAUAUAUACAAGCACACAUAUUUACAUAUAUGUAUGUGCGUCAUUAAAUAUAUUUGCUAUUGCAAUGUUUUUAUGCUUUUAUUUUUUUUCAUUGGCUGAACGAGGUCAUAUGACUACAAAUAAAGCCUGUUAUACUUUACCAUGA